AUGCGGUACAGUGAGCCGCGGCAGCAGCGAAAGCGGUCGCGUGAGGGGGACGUGGGCACUGAUGUGGUGGAUGUUGAGCCACCGCCACCGCCACCGCCGCCGCAGGAAAAAAAGGGCUCCGCGUGCCACUCCCCCCUGAAGAGUUAUGCUCCCACCUCUCUGGAGAAACCCACUGAUAGCAGCGAUGGCGACGGCGCCGGCGACUGCGUGUGUGUGCCUGCACCGAACAUCUCCUGCAGUGGUGGUGCUGGUGGGCCUCCCCACGAGCGGAAGCUGCGGCAGGUGACGCUUGCCUCAUUUGGACUCAUCACAGACGCCUCGACCUUCAAAAAGGAGAUUGCGGACAGGGAUGCACAGAUUGACGAGUUGCGGGAGCGACUGUUGUCGAUGGAGGCAAAGGUGGUGGCCGCGGAGGGGGCGCUUGCCUCGUCCGAAGCACAGCUGAAUCAGGUGGCGUUGCGCGCGGAGCACUAUCAGCGUGUGCUGCAGGAGGAGAUGCUACGCACGGCGCGGCAGGCGAGGAGCGACGCGCGAAGGGCGCUGCACCAGAAACACUUUGAGCUCGGCCAGAUUGCGAUGUGGCACAGCGGCGGUCGCGAGGUGUGGGUGGAGGGCAACACCCCGAAGGAGCUCAUCAUGCAGCUGGAGGAGUUGGCGUCCCGCCGUGAUGAGGUGGAGGAGUUGAAGAAGGCAGCAGAGAAGCGUGUCCGGCAGCUGUUGCGCAGCAGUGACGAGGACUCCAUGACGCCAGAGACGCAGAACGCGCUGAUGGAGUCGCAAGAGGCGCUGCAACUGUACGUCUCCGAGUUUGCCGCACUUGGCGGCAGCAUACAGGCGGUGAAGCAGCGGCAGUUGGAGCUGGAUCACGAGAAGAAGGCCUUCCUGAAGGAGAUACGCCGCGUGAGCGACGAGGAUGCCUCGGAGUUCAUGGCCGUGCCGGCCAUUGGGCAGGGGGGGCGGUACGUGCUGAUGCACCUGCUUGGCAAAGGCGGCUUCUCGGAGGUGUGGAAGGCGUUCGACCUGCAGGAGGCGCGCUACGUGGCGUGCAAGAUCCACCGCAUGCAACGCGAGUGGUCAGCGCAGACGCGCCUGCACUACCGCCGUCACGCUGACCGCGAACUGGCCAUCAUGCGAACCCUGCAGCACCCACACCUCACGCGCUUGUACGACGAGUUUGAGCACGGCGAGGCGAUGUUCGUCUCUGUCAUGGAGUACAGCCGGGGAAACGACCUCGACACGCACCUCAAGCGGUGCGGGUGCAUGCGGGAGACGGAGGCGCGGUUAGUCCUCCUGCAGAUCGUCAGCGCCCUCCGCUACCUGGCGGCGCAGGAGCAACCGAUCAUCCACUACGACCUAAAGCCUGCGAACAUUUUGUUUCACUCGAGCAAUGCGAGCAGUCUGGACAUCAAGAUCACGGAUUUUGGUCUCAGCAAGUUGAUCCAGAGCCGCGAUGGGCCGUGCGACAACCCUACAAUUGAGCUUACGUCGCAGGGCACAGGGACCUACUGGUACCUGCCGCCGGAGUGCUUCGACACCGCGGCCACGCCCCGGAUUAGCAACAAGGUGGACGUCUGGUCCUGCGGCAUCAUUUUUUACCAGAUGCUGUUCGGCAGGCGCCCCUUCGCGGAGGGUGAAUCGCAGCGGCGCAUCUGGCAGGACAAACUUAUUGUCUCCUCCGCCCGCACGCUGCGGUUUCCCGACACACCGCGGGUCUCUCAGGAGGCGAAGGAGCUUAUACAGAAGUGCCUCGAGUACCACCCCUCCGACCGCCACGACGUGCAGCAGCUCGCCCAGGACCCGUACCUGCAGCGCACCUCACGGAGAUCGACACGUGGUGAGCGGCUGUCGUCGACGUCUCUGCCACCGCCGCUACCGCCGAUAGCAGCGGUGGCAGCGGAGGCGAGGGCCAGUGCCAUCCCCUCAACGACGGCACCGUAG